AUGUCUGAUAUACUGUGUCGGUGGCUGAACUCUGAACUCCGGUUAACUAAAACCGUCGAGCCGCUUUCUUUGGCCAAAGAUUUCUCUAACGGUUAUCUGCUGGGUGAAGUCCUGUACAAACACCAGCUCCAGGAGGAUUUUCACCAGUUCUCCAGACACAGCACACCUAAUGCCAAGCUGAACAACUUCACACGUCUAGAGCCCACGAUGCAGCUCCUGGGUGUGCCCUUUGAUCUGAGCAUGGCCAAAGCAGUAAUGCAGGGCCAGCAGGGUGCGGCCACACGUCUGCUCUAUCAACUCUACAUCCUGCUACAGAAGAAGACACGUCUUGGGCUGACAGCCACCAUGCUGGAGACCAUGCAGCCUGCAGGCGUGGCUAAAUUGCAUCGUUUGGAGAAGCACAUCUACACACAGCGUUUGAGGAUGAUGGUGAAGCGUGAGGCAGAUGUAAAGAUGCAGAAGAUCGCACAGCGUUUCGAUAAGAGAGGCCGUGAUGCAUACAGCCGCUCAGUGAUGGCCGAACUGGAGCGAGAGGAAAGAAGGCGUCAAAUGCAGGAACAGAUCAGACUCCAGGACAUCCAGAAGCACCGACAGGCCCGUAGGAAGCAGCAGGAGAUAAUGGACCGCAUUCAGAGAGCUACAGUGCAGAUUCCCAAACCCCCAGUGAGCCGUUCAGACCGAGCAACGGGCAAACACAGACAACACCAUCAACCAGAUGCUCAGAACAUUUAUUAUCAGAUCAGUGAGUUUGAGAAGAACAGGAUGAGACCGUCUCCUGCAUCAUGUCCAGCCUCUGUCAGCUUGCAGGUGAACGAGGAGCAGAUGGAGGAAUGGAACAACGCAUACGUUCAGAAGAUCAGGAAGCGUUUGGAGGAGAAUGCUUUAGCACGGGAAGAAAGAGAGAAACGCCGCCGCAGAGUGCUAAUCCAUCAGCUACACACACACCAGACACAUGAGGAGAUGUUACGGGAGGAGCAGCUGAUUGGGAGGCUUAUGCGCCAGUCACAGGAGGAAAAGAGAAUUGCGGCGCAGCUGAUGCAGAUCAGACAGCAGAAGGAGGUUCUAAGGCAAAACCGUAUCCUGAGAGAGAAAGAGAUCCACAAACAGAGACUCAGAGACUUUCAGCAGGCCCUGGAGCGAGAGGCAGCUCUGCUGCAGCAGGACAAAAUCAAUCGUGAGGUAGAGUUGUGUAAAGAGCGGGAACUUCAUAAGCGUCUGAUUGCUGAGCGUGCUCAGUCUAAACACAGAAAACACCUCAACACCUGUAGGGAGAUUCUGGAACAGAUUGUGGAUCUGGCAACCAAAGCUGGAGAAUACCGCCUGCUCACUUCUAAUCUGAUUCCUGUAAAACUUAUGAGGGAGUGGAAGGAGUUGUGGUUGUGUGGGAAGCCGUUGUAUGAGAAGGAGUCAAGCCAAGAACAGGAAAUAGAGCUGGAGAAACUUCAAAUCCUCAACAAGCAGGACUACACUGACUACACGAGUAUGACAGGGGAGUGGACAUGGCCUGAAGAAGUUGAGAGUAGAGCGCCACCCUCCAAUAAUGACAUCCUGGGUCACAUUGUGAGUCAUUUGCGUAACUUGGCUAAUCCACCACUACCGACUGCUCCACCACCUGUGUUCCCUAACUGCACACUCCGAGCCUGUGUUCUGGGAAAAGUCUGCUCUGGAAAGACCACCUGCCUUAACCAGAUCAGCCAGGCUCAUGGUAUUCAUGUACUGUCGGUUGAUGCACUGAUCCAGGAAGCGCUGAACGCUCAUCGCAGUGGAGACCCUGAGAUCGAGGUGAAUACAGGAAGCAGUGACUCUCCUCAACAGGAAGCAGUGCAUAGUGAGGAGUCGGAACCACCACCUUCUCCACACACAGAGCCGGGAACUCACAGCCUGGAACACUGCACAGAGUCUUUGCUCACUCAGCACGGUGCAGCUGUGGAAGAAGCUCUUAAAGCAGGCAAAGGUGUUCCUGAUUGCCUGCUCAUCGACAUCAUCACGGAUGCAAUCAGGAAGGUUCCCUCAGGUCAGGGUUGGGUUCUGGACGGGUUUCCUGUGGCACUCUCUCAGGCUCACCUGUUGGAGAAGGCUCUGGGUGGAGCUGACAUGGAUCAGGUCCACACAGAGGCACAAGAUAAGAGUCAUGAGCUAGCUGUAGACAGGAACGCCCCUCAGGCUCCACCCCCAACCUCACCUGUGCUGAAUUUGGCUCUGUUGCUGGAGGUGUCAGAUGAGCAGGUGCUGGAACGAUACCAACACAUAAAGGAGCUGGAGAUAAACCCUGAGCAUAUAUGGAAGAGGCAGGAGCAGACACAGGUCCAGCACAGGAUUCUGGGUUUUCAGGACGCUUGGCCUGGGCUGGAGGAAUGGUAUGGAGUAGAACAAAAGAUCUUGGUAAAGGUGAAUGGGGAUGUGGAUGAAGAGACUCUGUACAGAACUGUGGAAACUGUGCUGUUACACGUGAUGGACACUGCAGAAAAAGAGUCACAGACUCAGUUACACACAGAAACAGACGACCCAUCAGAGAAUACAGACAUCCAGAAAGCGGAAUCAGACCACUGCGAUGAUUCCAGGAGGCUGUCACCUUCUUCCUUGCCAAUUGCUGAAGCCCCACCUUCUGAGCCUGGCUCCAGCUCCUGGGUUUAUGUGGAUAAUCAGUUAUCCAAGGAAAUGGCAGAGUACCUGCUUUCACAGUGGGAGAACAUAUGCUGUUCAUACGUCUCCAACAUUAAAGCUGUGCUGCAGAAUCUUCGCAAGGAGCGGGACCUCAUUAUACAUCACAUCUACAACAUCAGAGAGGAAUAUAAACAGUACCUGAUGAGACCAGAUCUGAAGCAGGAGUUUGUGUGUGCGUGGCAGCAUGAAUAUAACAGUGUGUCAGAGGACAUAAGACACGAAGUAGAGACCAAAUCAGAACUGCACCAGAGACUGGAGGAUCUGCGUGAGCGUCUGUGGGAUAUCUGUGAUAAAAGGAGAGAGGAGGCGAUGCAGGAGAAAGCAGCACUUACAGAAGACGGAUGGCUUGAGAAUCAUACUUCUGUUCUUAUUAACCACUACUGUACUCUCAUACAGGUGGAAGUGGACAGGUUUCAGUACACUCUGCAUUUGUUGAGGGAUUAUUACUCCGGUUUGUACAAGGUCCCUGUACAUGAAGCAGCACCUGAAUUCACCUCUGUCACGCUACUUGAUAUCACCAACGAGAUCAGCAGCCAGCUUGAGAACACAAAAAGUUCUGAAGGUUCAGCACCAUCUGAGAAAUUAACAAAGAGUGCUGGAAAAAAAGACACUGAGACUGAGGAUAAGAAGAAACCUAGAGUGCCUUCCUCAACUGACUCCAAACAAAAAGAGUAUGUUCACCCUGGUGAGAAUCUGCUGCAGGAUUUCCAUCAAUCUGCUGUCACUGCUGUCACACAAACGGUAAAAGCAGAGAUGCAGCAGUUGGAGCAGGAGGAGAAUGAAGUGUUGCAGCAGCAGAUGAAGACAGAGCCAGCACACACAGAGCCACAGACUGUAGUCCCCACAACACAGUCUGUUAAAGACAAGAAGAAAGGAGCCAAGAAGAAAGGUCCCCCCUCCCCCACCCACGAACCGCCCGUCCUGCCCCCCCCAGUGGAGGAGGAUGCUGGGGAAGUGCAAAACAGGCCAGUGAGAAACAGAAUGAAACUGGAGUACAGAGCUGCAUUAAAACAUGAGGAGAGCUCUGUUUGUGAGCGCUUGGAGCGGGUAAAGCUACAGUGUGUUGAGACGUUGCAAAUUCUCCAGACCCGAACAGAAGAGGCUCACAGAGAGAUGGAGGAGUGGUGUGGGGCUCACUUCCUGUCUGAGGUUAACAGCAUUGAUCAGCUGGCAGUCAUCAUUCGUCACCACAUUGAGAGCGGGUCACGGAUCACACACGAGCUCACAUUAGCAUGUAAUAACUUAUUUAUUGAUGGAGACACGCGUGUGGUGGUGACUCCACCACCUUCGCCACACCCACUCCCUACUGAUGUGACCAAUCAGGACUCUCUCUGUCUUACUGUGCAGCAGCUGUAUGGCCUGCAUUCUAAUCUGCUCAACAUCGCCCCUACAGGUCUGGUGUCCUGUGACAUUUUACAUGAGGUUCUGACUCUCUGUGUCGGCUCAGAUGUUCUGUCUAAAGCCUGGAUGCAACUCAUAGACUCACAGGACUGUGGGAUGGUGGACUGGCGUCAGUUCCUGUUGAGUGCUGCUCGUCCAUGGCCACUGCCUUCACAGACACAACUAAUAAAUACUCUCACACGCUUCAAAGAGAUUGACACAGCAGGGGGUGGAGUCAUUACACUACAGCAGUACCUACAGGUGGAGCUGUGGUUUCCCACUCAGACAGAACCUCCUGUUCCUGAUGAUCGGACUGAUCCUCAACCCUACGACAGGUUAACCAACCUCAGAAAGUUCUUCUUCACACUAUUCUCAGACUCCACCCUCUCUCCACCUGUGUGUGACUACAUGAAAAUGCUGCUUUAUUUCUGCUCUCAUCCUGAUCCAACACGUGGCUUUACCAGAGCCCUGAGUCUAGUGACACAGCACAGACUGCCCUACACACCCAUAAACACCACUGGCCUGCUGCGGUCCUAUGUGUGUGAUGAUGAAGAGGAGGAGGUGUUUGAGGGCGAUGAAGGUGAUGUGUCAGUGGAGGAUGUACUCAGAGUUGUGAAACACGGAGAUGCUCGGAUCUCAUCACAACAGCACACCAAUGCUCAGAACACAGAGGAGCUGCAGCAGGAUUUGGAGGAUAUAUUUCAAAGUCUCGGCUUCAAGCCAGAAGACAAGAUCCCAUUUCGUUUGCUAGCGCAGCAGUCUGUUCUUCAAGAGUUGAUGGACUCAUCGCAGUACCUGUUGGCAGACUUUUCCAGAAUUUUGGAGAUCCAGCAGAGUUCUUCAGUGGAACAUCCAGCAAAUGAAAUAACAUCUAACACAUCACCAGGAGCUGAGUAACUGUGGAGCAAAGUACAGAAAAUGAUUCCACUCUUUUAAAUUCAGUAGUUUUGAGAGUUAUUCAUUAUUAGCAUGAAAGAUAUUAGUUAUUAGUAUCUUAUAUUAGUUAUCUUGCUAAUAUGCAUUAAAUUGACACAGUGCAGAGAAUCUUCAUUUCCUCUUAUACUGUACUCUUUUUUUUAAAGUUUUUAUGUGAUGUAACAGCAGCCGAGCCUCCUUCUACAUCGAGUUCUCCAGCACCACAUUAUUUCUGGCUCUGUGUAGAUUUAAAGCACUGACUUUAGCUACAAAGCAAAACCACAGCCCACAUCCCUAAAAGAAGUUCCCAACAUGCACAUUGACGGCUUCUACUCUGAACUGUGUUCAUCACCUAGUGCUCAACCGGUCAUUUCCUGCUUCACUAACUCAUCUCUAACAGGGUUCUAGAGCACUUUUGUGAUUAGACUCUGAGUGAAUUAGCAUUAGGUUAAGUUUUUGAAAACCAUGAAGUGCUUCUGCUGAUGCAGUAAAUGUAAUUUACACACUUGCUAGAAUCAUACUGCUUUGCAUUAAUAAAUAGUUUAUCGACUUUCUGGA